CCGUCAAUCCCACCAAAAUGGAAAGACUAGAAACAACUCCUACAAAAUACAAGAACACUGAUUGCGAAACGAAUAUUAAUUACGUCGUGAAGAUAUCUCGAACUCUGCUGACACCGAUUGGAAUUUAUCCGCUUCAUGGAUCAGGAACAGCGCUGAGUAAUUUCCUGGUGACAAUUCAGAUAAUCAUUAUUUUUUCGCUGAUGCUGUUUCUUCUGGUUCCCCACCUGAUUUAUACGUACUGGGACGCCGAAGACCUGACGAAGCUCAUGAAGAUCAUCGCUGCACAGGUGUUCAACUCCCUGGCGCUCAUCAAAUUCUGGACCAUGAUCAUUAACAAGGAUUCAUUGAGGUGGUGUCUUGCAGAGAUACAGGACAGCUGGAGAAACGUCAGCUGCGAUGAGGACAAACAAGUAAUGAUAAAAAAUGCAAAAACUGGGAGAUUUCUCACAGUUGCUUAUUUGAGUCUUUCCUAUGGUGGGGCAUUGCCUUAUCAUAUUGUCAUGCCUCUUGUCGCUGAACGAAUUGUCAAACCUGAUAAUACCACGCAGAUACCACUGCCUUAUCCCUGUGACUACGUAUUCUUCGUACCUCAAGAUUCACCUGGUUACGAGAUGCUCUUCGUCACGCAGAUCAUCAUCAGCAGCUUAAUUCUCUCGACCAAUUGCGGGAUCUACAGUUUAAUUGCUACGUACAUCGUUCAUGCGUGCUGCCUGUUUGAGAUUGUUGGGAGACACCUGGAUGAGGUGGGAAAGACCGUUGAGGGAGAGGUCCUGCAGAAGCUCACUCAAGUUAUUGAUAAACAUACCUUUGCUAUGAAAUAUGCGUUGACGCUUGAAAAAUCUCUCAACAUUGUCUUUCUAUCCGAAAUGGUAGGCUGUACAAUAAUAAUCUGUUUCCUGGAGUACGGAAUACUUCUGGAUUUCGGUGAGAAAAAUUACUUGGGAAUGGUGACGUAUGUAGUCCUGAUGACAUCAAUUCUAGUGAAUGUCUUCAUCCUAUCGUUCAUCGGAGAUCGAUUGAAGGAACAGAGCUCCAAAAUUAGUGAAUACACGUACGACUUGGAAUGGCACUCGAUGCCAAAACAUAUGGUGCACAAUCUGCUGUUCAUUAUGAUCAGAUCCAACCAACCAGUGACGCUGACAGCCGGAAAACUUUUUGACGUUUCACUACAAGGAUUCGCCGACGUCGUUAAAACAUCAGCUGCCUAUUUAAACUUCCUCAGAGCUGUCGUAUAGUCUUCAUGAUUAGUAUAAUUAACACCACCUACAUGAAGUCG